CUGCUUCAGAGAUCUGCCAGUGAGGCGCCUCACACACGCUCCUUAAGCAAUCCAGGGAGUCUGGGUGUUGAAGGCUGUGUUUAUAGAUGUGCAUGUGUGUAUACGUCACAUGUAGGUGGGAAGCAGGAACAAGAGCAGGUGAGUGAAUGUGUACAAACAGGUAAAUGCUCAUGUGUGGAUCAGGGUUCAGGGAUGUGUAGGCGUAUGUGAUGUGUGGAUGGCUGAGUGGCAUGAUAAGACUCUGGUCUCUAUGUGUCUGUAUCUCCACACAGGCAAGUGCUUCAAUCAGUCAAGUGUGACUGUGACUCCGAGUGUGUGUGUUUGUGUGUGUGUGUGUGUACACGUGUGCAUGUGCCCCCCGAGGAAGCAGCAGCAAGAGGCAAGAGCUUCGAUCCGAAGGAGACAGCGUGGGGAGGGGGACGCUGGGGGCAGACACCCUCCUCCCUGCGCGCACACGCGCGAGCGAGCGAGCGCGCGCGCACUCACACACACCACACACAUAGUCACACACACACAUACAAGCUACAGGGCCUCGCAGGCAGAGAACCGGCUCCAGGAUCCUAACGAGGCAGCGCUGCUGAGAGCAGCGGGAGGAGGCGAGCCAGCGGGGGGAGCCCUCGGUUCCGCUCCCCGGCCCGGGGACCCGCGCACACCGGCCCAGAGACACCCUCGCAGACACUCGUAGGCGCGCACGCGCACCCUUUCCCCUCCUCCUCCCCUCCCGCCGCCUCCCGGCCGGACGAUGGAUCCCUGCAGAUCCCGGGGCUGAGAGCACCGCGCAGCGCCAGCGCGCCGAGCCCGGGGCGGACCGAGCCGAGCGAGCAAGCGCGCGCGGGCGGCGGACCAAGCUGAGCCGAGCCGGCCGGCCGGGCCGCUCCCUGCAGGGCUCUGCGCGGGUGCCGCGGUGGCCGGCGCCUCGGGCUCCGGGCCAUGAGCCCCUCCGCGGCGCGGCGCUGAGCCCACGGACGGCCUGCGCCCCAGGACCUGCAGCGGCGGCCGGCUUUCCCCAACCCCCUCAGGACCCCCCUGGCAAGGAUGGAACUGAAGACCGAGGAGGAGGAGGUGGGUGGUGUCCAGCCGGUGAGCAUCCAGGCUUUCGCCAGCAGCUCCACGCUGCACGGCCUUGCCCACAUCUUCUCCUAUGAGCGGCUGUCUCUGAAGCGAGCACUGUGGGCCCUGUGCUUCCUGAGUUCCCUGGCCGUCCUGCUGUGUGUGUGCACCGAGCGUGUUCAGUACUACUUCUGCUACCACCACGUCACCAAGCUUGACGAGGUGGCUGCCUCCCAGCUCACCUUCCCUGCCGUCACGCUGUGCAACCUCAAUGAGUUUCGCUUUAGUCAAGUCUCCAAGAACGACCUGUACCAUGCUGGGGAGCUGCUGGCCCUGCUCAACAACAGGUAUGAGAUACCGGACACACAGAUGGCUGACGAGAAGCAGCUGGAGAUAUUGCAGGACAAGGCCAACUUCCGAAGCUUCAAGCCCAAGCCCUUCAACAUGCGUGAGUUCUACGACAGAGCGGGGCACGACAUCCGAGACAUGCUGCUCUCCUGCCACUUCCGAGGCGAGGCCUGCAGCGCCGAAGACUUCAAAGUGGUCUUCACACGGUACGGGAAGUGUUACACAUUCAACUCAGGCCAAGAUGGGCGGCCACGACUGAAGACCAUGAAAGGCGGCACUGGCAAUGGUUUGGAGAUCAUGCUGGACAUCCAGCAAGAUGAAUACCUGCCUGUGUGGGGAGAGACUGACGAGACGUCCUUCGAAGCCGGCAUCAAAGUGCAGAUCCACAGUCAGGAUGAACCUCCUUUCAUCGACCAGCUGGGCUUCGGCGUGGCCCCGGGCUUCCAGACUUUUGUGUCUUGCCAGGAGCAGAGGCUCAUCUACCUGCCCUCACCCUGGGGCACCUGCAAUGCUGUUACCAUGGACUCGGAUUUCUUCGACUCCUACAGCAUCACCGCCUGCCGCAUUGAUUGUGAAACACGUUACCUGGUGGAGAACUGUAACUGCCGGAUGGUGCACAUGCCAGGGGACGCCCCAUACUGCACCCCAGAGCAGUACAAGGAGUGUGCAGAUCCUGCCCUGGACUUCCUAGUGGAGAAGGACCAGGAAUACUGCGUGUGCGAGAUGCCCUGCAACCUGACCCGCUACGGCAAGGAGCUGUCCAUGGUCAAGAUCCCCAGCAAAGCCUCGGCCAAGUACCUGGCCAAGAAGUUCAACAAAUCGGAGCAGUACAUAGGGGAGAACAUCCUGGUGCUGGACAUCUUCUUUGAAGUUCUCAACUAUGAGACCAUCGAGCAGAAAAAGGCCUAUGAGAUCGCAGGGCUCUUGGGAGACAUCGGGGGCCAGAUGGGCUUGUUCAUCGGGGCCAGCAUCCUCACAGUGCUGGAACUCUUUGACUAUGCCUACGAGGUCAUUAAGCACCGGUUGUGUAGAAGAGGGAAAUGCCAGAAGGAGGCCAAGAGGAGCAGCGCGGACAAGGGCGUGGCGCUCAGCCUGGAUGACGUCAAAAGACACAAUCCCUGCGAGAGCCUCCGGGGCCAUCCUGCCGGGAUGACCUACGCGGCCAACAUCCUACCUCACCAUCCCGCUCGAGGCACGUUUGAGGACUUUACCUGCUAAGCCCCCCGCAGGCCACCGUACCAAAGGCCCAGAUGGGGAGGGCGAGGAGGAGGAGGAGGAGGGGCCCCCAGCUGCCCCCAUCUACCCUGGGGACUCAGCUGCACUCCUGCGCAGUGGUCCCCCGUUGUCUGGUGAGGAAGGAGUCUUCGCCAUAGUCCUCUCCCUGCCUCUAUCCCAUCUUUUUAUUUUAACAAAAUUAAACUAAUAUAAAAAGAGAGAACGAGAGAGGUCCGGCCAGGACCUCAGGCUGCCCUCUGCUCCAUGCUGCCUCCCCCAGCUCCAAGCCUGAAUUCUGUCUGUCUGUCUGUCUGUCAUCCGAGUAUCCGCCUACAUUCUGCUACCACCAGUCACCAAAGCCCUCUCCUAGUGAGGGGUGGAGGGGAUCUCUAGGGUCUGAAAUUGGACCCCAAACCAGAGAAUGUACUUUAAGGGAGAGGGCUAGUGAGGGGGCUGCCCUAGCCUUAAGAGACUCUCUCAGCCCACUGACUCCCCACAAGCCCGAGUCUCCAGGUAAGAACAAAAUGCUCAGUUCUGCUCCCUCCGUCAUAUGGAAUCGUUAGGGGGUAGAGGAUCUCCUGAAGAAGUAGAGACGGGGACUCCAUGUGGCCCUGGUGCUGUAGGCCACAUCCCGAUAUCUGUAAGUCACCUCCACCUCGAAGCUGCUGGAGAGAAAUCCCAAGAGGCAGCUCUCCUCUACAUCCCAUAAAGGACCUGGCUGGUUAGCUUCCAGCUCAGGGAGAGGGGUCCUGGAGCCUGACCUCCCUAGCGUCUCUUUCAGAGGCCUUUGCAGAGGGCCACAUCCAUAAAUUUUCUUAUGGAACGCUCCUCUUCCCCGGCUCCAUUUGCUUCUCUCGACAACCUCAUCUGCAUUUUCUAUUUCUAUACGAUACAGACUCUAUAUUGCUAUAUCUCUGUAUAUACUUUCCUCUCGCCCCGUCUGUCUCCACCCAUCCCCUCUUGUCUCUGAGAAUCAUCCUCCCACCCCAGCUCCCCUUCUGUUUCUCCCCGUCCCCCCCCCCCCCGUCUCUGAAUGCCUUUGCCUGUAUAAAGAGUUGGACUCCCCCCUGGUGUCUGUACUGUGUACACACAUCCCUCUGAGAAGCACAAGGAGACGACACGCGCAUUGUAACCUUCGCACUGUCUCGGUGGCGGCGACAUAAAGGAAGCUGUGAAUUACAAGCUCUGCCUCUUUCUGGCCUCGCCCUUGACCCUGCAACCGGGGCACCCUGCCCUCCCCCACAGCCUUAACACACCCUCUCCCUCGCUCCACCUAUCCCAAGGCCCUCUGCCUGGCUGACCGUGGCCUCCCCCCGGGGAAGAGGUCGCUGCCCGCAGAGGUAGCGCCUACCCCGGAGAGGAGCUAUGCUGGACCGAGGGAGCUGGGGGCUGGCGACCGUGCAGCUGGGGCAGUGGGCACCCACAGACAGAAGCGGAAGUCCUCAUCCAGCGGCCCUCCUCUGCUCGGGGUGCCCAGCGCCCCUUCUUCACUGGGAUGCCCAGGCCCACCAUUUUCUGGUGAGGCGGGGUUUGGUCAUGUGAGGAAAGAGACGGGGUCUAGAGAGGGAGCCGAAAGCUCUGCUGUUGUGUGUCCCGACCUUGAGGGGCCACAAGUUGAAGUAGAGGGCCUCCCCACCCGUACCGGGCCAGAGACCCAACCCCUUCCCAGGCCCUCCUCUGCCCCCGUGGUCUCCAGGUCUCUAAGCCCCAAACAGGACUCGUGGGCAGAUCACCUGUGUACGUCGGCCUGGAGCCAGAGAGGGAGGCUAUAGCAUCUUUGAGAACCCUUGGUUCCCAAGAGUUCUUUAGACAUCAGACCUCCCCAGAAGGAAGCAGGGCAAAGCUGAGAAGUGCGCACUGGUUGGGGGACAGCAGGCGGGGCUCUGGGUGACGCAUGCCUCUGGUCCAAUAAACUGGGUUUCAACCAUC